AUGGCAAGUGUGAGUGUAGCCAAUAGCCAUAGCAUGAGUUCAGAGUUAUUAAACUGUUCAGGACGAACUCCACAAUUUGUGUAUGGGCGUUCCCUCCUGUUCCUUCGCAGAGGGGUCAAAGUUCGCAUUUCUUCCCAUGGACGGGUGAUAUUGCGAUCGCACAGCCAGAGAGAGACUAAAAGAAAAAAAAAUGUCUUGAGACCAAUCCUAUUGAGGAAAAAAGAUGUAGAUAUUAUGGACACAAUCCAGAAGGAGAAAGAGGAAGACACAGGGAUUGUCCCUAGUGCAGAACUGAAUGACUUGGACACAGAUAAGGAAGAGACAAUCCAGAAGGAGAAAGAGGAAGACACAGGGAUUGUCCCUAGUACAGAACUGAAUGACUUGGACACAGAUAAGGAAGAGACAAUCCAGAAGGAGAAAGAGGAAGACACAGGGAUUGUCCCUAGUGCAGAACUGAAUGACUUGGAUACAGAUAAGGAAGAGACAAUCCAGAAGGAGAAAGAGGAAGACACAGGGAUUGUCCCUAGUACAGAACUGAAUGACUUGGACACAGAUAAGGAAGAGACAAUCCAGAAGGAGAAAGAGGAAGACACAGGGAUUGUCCCUAGUACAGAACUGAAUGACUUGGACACAGAUAAGGAAGAGACAAUCCAGAAGAAGAAGGAAGGAGAUGCAGGGGUCAUUCCUAGUACAGAACUAGCUGACUUGGAAGCAACAGGCACACAAGUGUAUCAAGCAGUGUGUUGGACUGCAACAUUCUAUAUGGUACUUAAUGCAGAAAAAUACAGUUAUGAACUGCUUCUGCGGUACAGGGAUUGA